GCGUGGAUAACGGCCCUUGGCACAGCUUCCAGUGCAGCGACCCUACCGAUUACAUUUCGCUGUCUGGAAGAGAAUCUGGGCAUAGAUAAACGCGUCACGCGGUUCAUGCUUCCCAUUGGAGCCACCAUCAACAUGGACGGAACCGCUCUCUAUGAGGCAGUGGCCAGCAUUUUUAUCGCACAGAUCAAUGGCAGGGACCUUGCUCUUUCAGAAGUCGUCAUUGUCAGGUAA